AUGCCAACCACGGCCGCCGAAUCGAUGGAGAUGCGGGAAUCCAUCAAAACGCGGCUGCGGAACAUCCACGGACUCUACUUUUUCGACAAAACGCCAAUAACUGGCCGCAACAAGCGCGACAAUGAUAUCAUCGACGCCUUGCAUUCUGAAACCGCAUCCGGUCCGGUCGCAGCAGAGAAUAGCCUGACACAUCUUAUGCUCGCAAGCAACUUCUUGUGGGAUUUGCUCAUAACAGAGGGGCCAGAUUCAUUCUGGAGAAGCGUUGGCAAAGCAAAGGGAGGCACGCUGCCACCCAGAAUCACCAGAGACCUUGUUCUUGCGUUUGUCCGGGCCAGAGACCGCUUUCUCCGCUGCUUCCACAAAGCCUCACAUGAUGUCGACAGCAUGCUAGUAGCAUACACACAACACUUACUUGAAAAGUUCCAGGCGCUGGGAACCAUGAUGAUACUCGGGUCACCCGUCGACUGGUGCCUUUCUGCUUGGGAGAUCCAGGCAGCGGAAGAACUGAUCCCGCGAGGGCCGGUCAAACAACUUUCGCGAAACAAAUUCGAACUGUCCCCCUCCGCCAAGAACCUGCUGGUGCCAGCCAGAUGCAUAAGCCCGAUCGGAAAGUUCAAGCCUAAUUUAAUGGGGCUGGCGGAGGAGAUUAUACGGCAGCCGCCUUGGCAGAGAGAGCUUAAGCCGCAGUAG